GGGAGGGCGCGAGGGGGGGAGGGGGGACUAGUUAGAGAAGUAGCAAAAGGAAGGAGGCAAAAACAAAGAGGAAGAAGUCAAGGGACACUUUUUUUGGAGGGGCAGGAACACGUGGACUUAGGAUUGAAAAGCUUAUUUUUCAAAGUCAGCCUCAGUUUCUCAAGUGAGAGCGACAGCUGGCCGUCGAGGCUCUAUCACAGCCCAGCCCCGUGUAAAACACUAUGGUUCAGGAGCAGCGAGUCUGCUGGGACUGAGAUCAGUGCGCCUCAGAUCAGCGCUGUAGUCCAUUAGAGAGGGGAAAACGCCGUGAAACGGUAUGGAGGGUCCCAGGACCACGAGCUCACAGACGGGGUGGAAAUUCUUCAGGGAGUCGCUGCUUCUUUGCCUCUUCGCCGGUCAUGGAGAGGCUCAGUGCAAUGGCUGUGUGGAGUACUGUUGUGAUGGAGUGCCUCCGUUCUGCUGCUCAUACUACGCCUACGUGGGGGACGUCCUCUCGGGCACGGCGAUUUCAGGGAUCGUGUUUGGUGUGGUAUUUCUGAUGGGUGCGGUGGCGGCCAUCUUCCUGUGCAUUUGCAUGUGCAUAAAGAACGGGCGCGGGGCGAGAGUGGGCGUCUUCAGCACAUCCUACAUCAACACUGUGACUCAGGGCUACCCAGGACCACCACCUCCUUAUAGCUAUGACUAUGAGAUGUAUCCCCCCGAUCUUCGGCCCCCACCGUACACUCCAACACCACCCAGAACAGCAAACUACUCUCCACCUCCACCCUACCCAGGCUACAACAGAAAAUGAACCUUCGACGUGCUCACCCUGGAGAUCAUUCUGCAGUGCACAGAACAAUGAACUGUUACACGCUGCCUCUGCUACAUCAUAGAGGUAGAAGUGAACUGUACUGCAGGCUGUGUUUUAUAAAUGAGGCCUUCUGCCUUUUCUAAUCUUGGACCUGAGGGUCAGAUUAAAUGUCCUCUUUCACAGAAAAAGUUUCAGCCCAGCUGAUAAAGGGGGUGUGGAUCGUCCCCACUGUGACUUGUUAUAUACUGUUGAACAAUUUUUUUUAUCAUUGGAUGUAUGGAACCACGACUUCAUCUGGAUUAAGCGGUUAAGAUGAUGAAUGAAUAAAUGAAUGAAUGAAUGGAUGUAUGGACAUUUGAAUGAAGAUGGAAGUGUACACCUAAGUUAUGAGUGAUUCUGGACUACAAAGUAGAGGUGCAAGCCUAAAGAAAGGGAAAAAAGUCCAUGGCUAAACUCAUUCUCCAUCUGGUACAGUGACUUGAACAGUUAUGUGUUGUGUCAUGAUGCAUUUUGUUCAGUUACAGGAAUCAAUGUGGUUUUCUUUGCAAAAAUUGAGAAUAAAAGAAAAAGAA